UGGACUUGUAACAAGAUAUUCAUAAAACUACAGAGAAGACUUUCCAGGUUCCUCAAAUCCUCUUAAAUUUCUUAGAGACAUACUCAACAGAAGAUGGAAAAAUGUUGAUGAUUCUGGUGAGGUGUUAUACCAUUACAAGCAACAUGGGAGCAUCAAUCUUUGAGAAACUAGGCUCUCUGUCUUUCCUCAUCAUGUUUGUUGUUUUGGUUUCGUCUUCCAAAUGUGUUGCUUCAGCUACUGUUUCUACUGAUGAAGUUGGUGCUCUUCUCCAAUGGAAAUCCAGUCUUCAAGAUACUCGAUCACACCUAACUUCAUGGAGUGCUCAGCACUUCCCAAAUGAAACAAGUCCAUGCACUUGGUUUGCCAUUUCUUGCAACACUGCCAAGAGUGUCACCACAAUAAACCUUACCAAGUCGGGUUUACAAGGUACGCUUCACGAAUUUUCAUUCUCCUCCUUCCCGAAUCUUGAGCACUUUGAUCUCAGCAUGAACUCAAUCUUUGGUACCAUUCCACCUGAAAUCAGUCGGCUCUCCAAAUUAGUGUAUCUUGAUUUGUCCGGUAAUAAGUUAAAUGGUUCAGUUCCUGCUUCUUUUGGAAACCUUAGCAGUCUUGCUUACUUGAAUAUAGGUAGGAACUUUCUGGUUAGUUCAGUUCCUAUAGAAAUGGGGAAUCUUUCGCAGUUGGUGGAGCUUUACUUGAAUACCAACAAUCUUACAGGUCAGAUCCCACAAACUUUUGGGAACUUAAGAAAGCUAAAAGUACUAUACAUGUUUGAGAACAUAUUUGUUGGUUCCAUUCCCCUGGAGAUAGGAAAGUUGGCAUCUCUCAGCAAUCUAAGCCUUCACACCAACAACUUUUCUGGCAGUAUUCCGGAUUCCAUAUGUGACCUGAGACACCUUACUUUACUGGAACUGUAUCGGAACAAUCUGUCGGGCCCAAUUCCUGAAAAUAUUGGAAGCUUGAAGUCUCUUCUUGUUCUAAAUGUAUGUGAGAAUCAACUCAGUGGUCCUAUUCCCAUGUCAAUUGGUAACAUGAGCAAGUUACAGGUUCUAUAUAUCCGCGACAACAAACUCUCUGGUUCCAUUCCUCAAGUGAUAGGAGAUCUUAUGAACUUGGCUGUCCUGAGAGUUGCCAGAAACAAUUUGACUGGUCAUUUACCACAGAAUCUCUGCAAAGGUGGAGUGCUUGCAAAUUUUACAGCUAAUGGAAAUCGACUCAUAGGUCAAAUGCCUAAAAGCUUGAGAAACUGCACAACUUUAUAUAGAGUCCGUCUUGAUGGGAACCAAUUCACUGGAAAUAUAUCUGAAGAUUUUGGUGAAUAUCCAAACUUGGAUUACAUAAAUCUAAGUGACAAUAAUUUUUAUGGUGAACUUUCAGAGAAAUGGGGAAAGUCUCUGCUGCUAACGGAUCUUGAGAUUGCAGGUAACAAUAUAACAGGUUCCAUACCACCUGAGAUUGGUAAUUUGACUCGACUACAUUUGCUUAAUCUUUCUUCAAAUCAUUUAGUUGGGACAAUCCCUAUGGGACUAGGAAAGUUGACCUCUUUGGUGAGGCUAGUACUGAAUGACAAUCAACUUUCUGGUGCCAUACCUCAAGAAAUUGGAUCACUGACUGACCUUGAAUUUCUUGACCUGUCCAAAAACAACUUGAGCCAGUCGAUUCCUAGUAGUCUGGGGAACCUUGUGAAAGUGCACCACCUGAACUUGAGCAACAACAAGUUGAGCCAUGGAAUCCCAAGUAAGUUGGGUCAGUUGAAGCAGCUGUCUGUGCUAGAUUUGAGUCAUAAUUUUCUUAGUGAAGAGAUACCAAUUGAGUUCCGUAAUCUGGAAAGCUUGUUGACACUGAAUCUGUCCCACAAUAACCUCUCUGGUAUUGUUCCCCAGACUUUUGCUGACCUACAUGGCUUGGAGUUCAUUGACAUAUCAUACAAUCGAUUAUGGGGUCCGAUUCCAGAAAACAAAGCAUUUCAAGAAGCUCCUAUAGAAGCAUUGCAAGGGAAUCAAGGUCUGUGUGGCAAUGCUACAGGUCUACAGCCCUGCACCAAGACUCCUGGCAAAAAGAAGCACAGCUCGAACAUUGGUUACAAAGUCGUGUGCUUGGUAAUCCCACCUGUGGUAGGAGUACUUAUACUUGUUUCCUGUGGAAUUUGUAUCACAUACAGAAGAAAAAAGAAUUUUCAAAAAACAGAUGAAGAGGGCAUGCAUCCUAAAGAAUUUGAACUUCGUUCAGUGUCGAUUUUUGAAGGAAAACUGUUGUACGAAGAAAUUGUCAAAGCGACUGAGGAAUUUGAUGAUGCUUAUUGCAUUGGGAAGGGAGGCACUGGAAGCGUUUACAAGGCAAGGCUUCCAUCUGAUGACUUGGUUGCUGUAAAGAAACUCCAUAGUACUCAAUGUAAUGGUGAGAGGAGCUUUGAAAAAGAGUUCUUAAACGAGGUGAUGGCAUUGACUGAGAUACGCCACAGAAACAUAGUGAAAUUUUAUGGCUUCUGUUCACAUUCACGACACUCAUUUUUGGUUUAUGAGUACCUCGAAAAGGGAAGCUUGUUCUCAAUCUUGUGCAAGGAAGAAGCAGCCAAGGAAUUGGAUUGGAGCAAGAGGGUGAAUAUCAUCAAAGGUGUGGCUCAUGGCUUAUCAUACAUGCACUCUUAUGUAUCGCCACCAAUUGUUCAUCGAGACAUAACCAGCAAGAACAUUUUGCUAGAUGCCGAGUAUGAGGCUUGCAUUUCGGACUUUGGCACUGCUAAACUGCUACAACUCGGUGCAUCUAACUGGACUGCUGUUGCAGGCACAUUCGGAUAUGUAGCACCAGAGCUUGCAUAUACAUUGAAGGUGACUGAGAAAUGUGAUGUGUACAGCUUCGGAGUAUUGGCACUCGAAGUGAUGAAUGGGAAGUACCCGAGCGAUCUAAUCAGGUCUUUGUUGUCACCAGCUGCAAUCAGAGAAGGAAAUUUGCCUGAAGAUGUGUGGGAUGACCGCCUUGAACCUCCCACGGGUAAAAUUCUGGAAGAACUUGUUACUGUCUUAAUGCUAGCAGUGGCAUGCUUACAUCCAAAUCCACAGUUUAGGCCUACCAUGUAUGACGUUUCUCAGAUUAUAGCAAUGCAUAUCUCUCAGACAGACUUGGACAAAUACAAGGCUCAAUCUGUUUUUGAUUAUCUAGGAAGCAGAAUCUGAACUUAGUUCUUCUUUGUAUAGGCUAGAAAUGCAGCUACCAAUAAACUGAGCUAUAUCUUGGUAUAGACUCAAUCUUGUAUUCAUCCCACUGGCAUGUUGUUGUACAUGCAACACAAAUCUAGUAAAGUCUCUGGACGUGUAAUUUUGGUAAAUGGUGCUAGUAUUAAUAUGUAAACUGGGACUCAUAUUGUUGACUCUAUGUUUUGGAGUAUCAUUAUUUGAUUUCUCCUCUUCAAAAUAAUGAGAAAAUUAUACGCCACUAGUGCCUCUCAGUACAAGAUAAUUGGUAGGAAGUCUCUGUUAAUCUUGGGUUUUCACCAAAGACAAUAUCACAAGGUCAAAUAAAAUGGCUUGCAUACAAGUUUAAGCAGCAACUGAAGAAAAUAAAGUAGAGGAGAAGAAUCAUAACAUUGAAACAAAUAAAACCAAAUCGUUUCACUGCACAAAGAUACCCGUCCCCUCUACCACUAGUUCAUGAUCUGUACUAGCUGGCUUAUCAGUUUCAUCCAACUUCACUGAGAAAAUCCACAUUUUGCAAUGACAUACCAUUUUCUUAGUAAGACAAAGAAAACAAAUAUCCCCGGAAGACUUUGACUGAAGUGUGCAUUCAUAUUUCCAAAGUUUUCAGUCCACCUGCUUCCGAUUUCAAUCUUGAUACAAGCAGGGCCGCAGAAUAAUAUAAUGGCAUUACAAAUGAAGCACAGAAGCCACAAUAUACCAAAACAAAAGCCACGAGAACUUCAGCAGCUUAUGAUAAGGUAUGCUCUGUAGCUUGCCUUAUCCUGUAUGUUCAUUUGAUUUCAUCACCAAAAUUUGCUUCUGCUUCUGCUUCUGCAGAAACCAAUGCUCUUCUAAAAUGGAAAGCCAGCUUUCAAAAUCAAACCCAACCGCAUAUUCUGACCUCAUGGACUUAUCUUCCCAUUGCCACCAAUUCUUCCAGAGAUCAAAAAGCAAAUGCAAGCCCGUGUUUUUGGACCGGUAUUUCAUGCAAUGCUGCUGGAAGUAUCAGCAGA